UUACCAGCAAAAUAAUUGGAUUGAACUGGAGUAUCUUAGGAUUUCUUUCCCCUUUUAAAUUAAUUAAUCAUUAGUCUAGUCUACUUAUAGAUGGGGAGAAUCAUUAUUUAUCUAUUGAUAUAUCUUUAGAAAUAUUAUUUGAGAAAAAAAGAGCAUAUGUGUGGAUGUUCUUGUCGCGUUGGUCUUGAUAAUCAGAUUGCACCAGUAGAACAAGUUGGAUAGCCAAUUUGAAACCUCCAAUUAUAGACAACUCGGAUAACAACAACCCAGAUGAUAAAAUUAGAUAAAUUUAGACGGGUUUAUAAGCAAUCUCACUCCAUUGAUAUGGUUAUUUAUCUCUAGUCAUUGCAGUACGAUUUGAGGGAGAAAAUGUGGAUGAUAUUUGGAUACAGUUGUGUGAUGUUAUUGUGACACAUUAUAUUUAGAGUUCACCGAACCAUUGAAAUAUGGCAUAUACCAAUUUUUAUCCCAGGGAAAACCUGAAUAGCGUGUAUAGCAUAAUAUUUGAGGAGAGCGAGGCUGAUGAAAAUGAGAACAUGUUUUCCUAUUUAAGUCCAUUUUCUAGUGUCAUAUAUAUAACAGUUAACUCCCCUCUUAGUUCCCCCAUGAUGGUACGGAAGACGGACGUGCAUUCACACGGCGGUGGCGACACCACAAACAUUCAAAAUGAAAUCUUACGCCUGAAACAUUACCAGCAGAUCGAGCACCAACGCCUGAUCGAGAAAUACCAGCAGGAGCAAAACCAGCUGGCUGCCAUGCAUGAAAAACAACUGGAAGAGCACCUGAAAGUUCGGCAACACAUGCUGAUGCUUCAGAAACAGCAGGAAUUUCUUGAGCAGCAGCGGAAGCUCGAAGAACAGCAUCGUUUGGAGCAGAAGAUGCAAGAGGAGAAACUGGCGCAAAUCAAGAACAAAUCCCUAGAGCAACAGAGUGCAAUUGCUUCGAUGGCAGUGAAACAGAAGCUCCAGGAAUUUGUGCUAAAUAAGAAGCAACGAGAAGCAGCAGUUAACAAUAUACGAAAUUCCAGUCAAUUUAGAUGGGCUCAUCACAGUUCACUAGAUCAGAGUUCUCCGCCCAGUGCAAGCCUGUCUCCGCCCUAUCGGCCACACUUGCUGGGACAGUUUGAUGAACUAAACCAAUUACGGAGGACAGCCUCCGAACCCAAUUUAAAGGUGCGUUCCGUGUUAAAACAGAAGGUGAUCGAGAGGCGGAGUAGUCCACUGAUACAGCGGAGAAAUCGGACACCAUUGUCACUAAAAAGUAGAAAACCGUUAGGAGGUGAGGGACUGUUUGAAUCCUGAGUUCACAAGUUUAAA